AUGCCGCACAUGCCCCGCCGUGACGGACCUGCUGCUGCUGCUGCAGCAGCAGCAGCAGAUAGCAGCAACAGAGGCAGCAGCAGCAACAGCAGCAAACUCAGCAACAAGGCCUCUGCCACGGAAAAGCAAAACAAAAUCGCGUUCCCAAAGGAAAAAAGCCAACAGGUUGCUGAUUCAUUUGUCACCAAACAGCAGCAGCAGCAGCAGCAGCAGCAAGAGCAGCAGCAGCACGAGCAGCAGCAGCAACCUGGACAGGCGAAAGGACAAGCAACCAAGCAGCAGCAGCAGCAGCAGCAGCAGCAGCAGCAGCAGCAGCAGCAGCAGCAGCAGCAGCAGCAGCAGCAGCCUCUGGCCUCAAUUGCUCAAGCCAUUGCUGAGGCCAGCAGACAAAGAGAUAAGAAUCUAAACGAACAGCAGCAGCUGCUGCGCCAACGACUCGUGGAGCUGCAGCAGCAGCAGCAUUUGCUGCAGCAGCAGCAGCACCUACAGCAGCAGCAGCACCUACAGCAGCAGCAGCACUUACAGCAGCAGCACAGGCUGCAUCUUCAGCCGCAAACUAAUCAUGUGAUUCGUGGUGACCAGGAGGAGAUGCAGCAGCAAAAUAUGCCGCAGCAGCACCUGCAGCAGCAGCACUACCUGCAGCAGCAGCAUUUGCAGCAGCAGCGCCUGCAGCAGCAGCAUCUGCAGCAGCAGCAGCAGCAUUUGCAGCAGCAGCAACAGCACUUGCUGCAGCAGCGCUUGCAGCCGCAGCCACAACAGCACCAGUACCAUUUCCAACAGCAGCAGCACUUCCUUCACCAGCAGCAGCUGCAGCAGCAGCAACAGCAGCAGCUGCAGCUGCAGCAACAGCACCUGCAGCAGCCCCUGCCGCGGCAGCUGCAUUUGCAGCAGCAACACUCACAGCGGCAGCAGCCGCACAUGCAGCCGCAGCCGCAGCAGCUGCUGCAGCAGGAGGAACUGCAGCAGCAGCAGCAGCAGCAGCAGCAGCCAGCAGCUAACCUAGCCGGCGGGAACCGACUUGUGCUGCAGCUGGCUCUGGAGCUGCUGCAGCGGCAAAGACAGCAGCAGGGAGUUCCCGUGGCUGGUGCUGCUUUGCUGCAGAACUCUGCUGCUGCACCUUUUGGCGCAGAGGGAAACAUGAAGAUAAAUAAAAGAAAUAGAGACAAAGCUGCUGCUGCUGCUGCUGCUGCUGCUGCUGCUGCUGCUGCUGCCAACGGUGUUGCGGUGGAUCCCCCGCUGCCUCUGUGGCAGAAGAACGCGCUGAGCGCAGCAGCGGCCCAAGCAGCAGCAGCAGAAGCAGCAGCAGCAGCAGCAGCAGCAGCGCAAGCAGCAGCAGCAACGCAAGCAGGGUUCGGUCGGCGGCUGCCGCCCGUGGCUCCUGUUUUGCAGGGGCCGCCAAUAGCUGAAUCUGCUGCGUUGCUGCAGCAAGCUUUGCUGCUGCAGCAGCAGCAGCAGCAGCAGCAGCGGGCCGGGCUGCCGCUGCAGCAGCAGCAGCAGCAGCAGCUGGAGGUGCCGCUUGCUGCAGCAGCGCACUCGCACGCAGCGCUGACCGCGCCCGGCGCGGGCUCGCCCGGCGCGCUGCCCCCGCAGCAGCACCCCACAGCAGCAGCAGCAGCAGCAGCAGCAGCAGCAGCAGCGGCGGCGGCAGGCUGCAGGUGGCAGCAGCAGAAAGCCUUGCUGCUGCUGCACUCGGCAGAAAAGACCUCUUCGUCGUGCUGCAGGCAGCAGCAGGGCCUCUCCACAAACACGUCAACCUGCAGCAGCUGCAGCAGCAAACUGCUGCGGGCUCUUUCCUCCCGCCCCAAGGAGGUGCCUGCUAGGGUUUAG